AUGUUAAAGCGAAACAAUUUACGAUAUUUCGGUUUAGCAGUGGUAACACUAUUUUUCUUUCAUUGGGUAUUAACUGCUAUCAAUCCGAAGUCGGGUUAUUCGAAAUUUGAAUCUUCAGAACAAUCUGAUUUUGACAAAGAGGUUGUACCUCCACAUAAAGAGCAAAAUAUCAUUAACCACGAUUCUCAAGAGAUCCAAUAUGGGAAAGUUAAAGCUGCCUUCGUGGUUUUAAUACGAAAUAACGAUUUACAUUCGUUUCGAGCUACUAUGAGACAACUGGAAGAUAGAUUUAAUCACAAAUAUAAUUAUCCAUAUGUGUUUUUAAACGAUGAACCAUUUACCGAUGAAUUCAAGAAACUCAUUAGCGUAAUGACCAAGGCAAAAACAGAAUAUGGGUUGAUCCCUAAAGAACACUGGAGUGUUCCCGACUGGAUUGAUAUGGAACGUGCUAGGAAGUCUAUGGCCAAAAUGCGAGAGGAACAAGUAAUAUAUGGUGGCAGUCUGCCAUAUCGCCAUAUGUGCAGAUUUGAAUCCGGAUUUUUCUUUCGUCAUCCCUUGUUAGAUAAAUAUGAUUAUUAUUGGCGUGUUGAACCUGGUGUUCAAUUUUAUUGUGACCUGGACUACGAUCCAUUCUUGUAUAUGCAAGAUAAUGACAUCAAAUAUGGCUUCACUAUUUCAUUGUACGAAUACCCUAAGACCAUACCUACUUUGUGGGAUUCUGUCAAGGAAUUUAUUAAGAAAUAUCCCGAGUUUAUCGAAAAGGAUAAUUUGAUGGAAUUUAUUUCAAGUGAUGGUGGUGAAUCUUAUAAUUUAUGCCACUUUUGGUCAAAUUUUGAAAUUGGCGAUUUGAAUUUCUGGAGAAGUAAAGCGUACACUGAAUUCUUUUCCUUCCUCGACAAAAAAGGUGGAUUUUUUUAUGAACGUUGGGGCGAUGCACCUGUUCACUCAAUUGCUGCCGCACUUUUCUUAAAGAGGAAUCAAGUACAUUUUUUCAAUGAAAUAGGAUAUCGUCACGAGCCAUUUAUGCAUUGUCCCACCGACAAAAACUUACAAUUAAAAUGUCAUUGUGACCCCAAAGAUACUUUCG